AUGAAAGACUUGGGAGAAUUGAAAUACUUCUUAGGUAUUGAGUUUGCAAGGUCAAAAAAGGGUAUCAGUAUGCACCAAAGGAAAUAUGCACUGGAGUUAAUCUCAGAAGCAGGAUUAUCAGGUGCAAAACCUGCUAUUACACCUAUCGAUGUCAAUACUAAACUUACAUCCAGACAAUAUGAUGAAGUCAAUAAGGAAAAGUAUAACACAAAUAAAGAUCCUCCAGCUGAUCAGAAUACUUAUCAAAGACUGAUAGGAAAGUUACUAUACUUAACAGUCACUAGACCAGAUAUAUUAUUUGGGGUACAAACCCUUAGUCAAUUUCUUCAAGCACCAAAGAAAUCUCACAUGGAAGCAGCACUAAGGAUUGUAAAGUAUAUCAAGAAGCAGCCUGGUCAAGGAAUCCUACUUUCAAGUAACUACAAAAAUAAGGUUACUGCAUUUUGUGAUGCAGAUUGGGCAGCAUGUCCUAAUACUAGAAGGUCAGUUACAGGAUUUAUGAUAAAGUUUGGUGAAUCUCUUGUAUCAUGGAAGUCUAAGAAGCAAACUGUGGUUUCAAGAAGUUCUGCAGAGGCAAAAUACAGAAGUUUAGCUACUACUAUUGCUGAAUUGACUUGGCUACUUGGAAUGUUGAAAGAAAUAGGAGUUGAAGUGAUGCAAGCUGUAAAGGUGUUUAGGGAUAGCAAAUCAGCAUUAUAG